CGCAUGCGCAGUCGUGCCGUCAUCUCUCAUCUGCACCGCUGUUCUGCUGCUGCUGCUUCGUUGGAUCGGAGGAUUCAAACUUCCGGCACUGUCAUGGCGGCAUGCUGCUGUUUCUGACACCGAGCAGAGCGAACACAAAGCCGCCCCUCGAUCGGCCCUCAGCGCGGCACGGAUCAGGGACCGCAGGGGUCGCAGACGGCGGGAAAGGCGUCCUCCUCUCCUCCUCUUCCUCACUAUCAUCAUCAUCAUCCGCGGCGGAGGUGCAGGCGUGAGCGGCCAUGGCGGCGCAGAAGCCCGUGGAGUGGGUCCAGGCCGUCAUCACCCGUUUCGACGAACAGCUUCCUGUUAAAGUUGUAGUUCAGAACACUCACACGAAAAUCAGCACGGAGCACAAUAAGGAAUGUCUCAUCAACAUCUCCAGAUACAAAUUCUCUCUGGUCAUCAGUGGACUUACCAACAUACUGAAGAACGUCAAUAACAUGAGAAUAUUUGGUGAGACUGCGGAGAAGAAUCUCUACCUGUCCCAGUUAAUCAUCAUGGACACACUGGAGAAGUGUCUGGCAGGGCAACCAAAAGACAGCAUGCGUCUAGAUGAGACGAUGCUCGUGAAGCAGCUGCUGCCUGAGAUCUGUCAUUUCAUCCACACGUACCGCGAGGGAAACCAGCACGCGGCCGAGCUGCGCCACUCGGCCUGUGGGGUUCUGUUCUCUUUGAGCUGCAGUAACUACAACGCCGUCUUCAGCCGCAUCUCCACCAGGUUACAGGAAUUGACCGUCUGCCCUGAAGAUAAUGUAGACGUGCAUGACAUCGAGCUCGUUCAGUACAUCAAUGUGGACUGUUGUAAACUUAAACGUCUCCUGCAAGAAACUGUGUUUAAAUUUAAAGCCUUGAAGAAGCUGGCGCAGCUGAGCAUCAUCUAUAAUCUUGAGAAGGCGUUUUGGAACUGGGUAGAGAAUUAUCCCGAUGAAUUUACCAUGUUGUACCAGAGGCCACAGCCGGACAUGGCCGAUUGUGCAGAGAAGCUGUUUGAUCUGGUUGAUAGUUUUGCUGAGAGUCCAAAGAGGAAGGCGGCUGUGUGGCCUCUGCAGAUCAUCCUCCUCAUCCUCUGUCCUGACAUCACGCAAGACAUUUCCAGAGAAACUUCAGAUGACUCCAAAGACAACAAGAAGCUCUUCCUAGAAAAUCUACGGAAAGCUUUGACUGGUCACGGUGGGAGCAAACAGCUUACGGAGAGCGCAGCCAUCGCCUGUGUCAAACUGUGUAAAGCAUCCACGUACAUCAGCUGGGAAGAUCAUUCUGUCAUAUUCGUGCUGGUGCAGUCCAUCGUGGUGGAUCUGAAGGGAUUGCUGUUUAAUCCAACAAAGCCGUUUUCCAGAGGCGCCGGGAGCCAGAGCGCAGACGUGGAUUUGAUGAUCGACUGUUUCGUGUCUUGUUUCAGAAUCAACCCGCACAACAAUCAGCAAUUUAAGGUGUGUUUGGCUCCGUCCUCACCUCCUACUUUCCAUUUGGUGCUGGUGAAUUCACUGCACAGAAUCAUCACCAAUUCCCCUCUGGACUGGUGGCCGAAGAUCGAUACGGUGUACUGUUACUCGGGUGAGCUGCGUCUCAUGUUUGCAGAGACUCUUGGGCGAGUGGUCCAGGGCUGCAGCAGUCACGCCCCUCUCCGCUUGACACCGAGUUUGACGUUUAAGGAGAAAAUGAGCAGUUUGAAGUUUAAAGAGAAAGCCACCGAUCUGGACAUCAGGAGUCACAAGUAUCUCCUGCUGGCUUUAGUGAAGCUCAUUCACGCAGAUCCCAAACUGAUGUUGUAUAAUUCAGGUAAAACAAGUCUGGAGGUCCACAGCAGUACGGCGGAGCUCAUCACAGGCCUGAUGCAGCUUGUGCCUCUCUCUAACAUGGGAGAGAUUUCCCAGGAGGCCAUGGAGGCUCUGUUGGUCCUUCAUCAGCCUGACAGCAUUGAGCUGUGGAACCCAGAUGCUCCGAUGGAAACAUUUUGGGACAUCAGUUCUCAGGUCCUGUUCUUCAUCUGCAAGAAGCUGUAUGGCCAUCAGUUGAUCAACAGCACAGAGAUUCUCAAGUGGCUGCGAGAGAUUCUCAUCUGCAGGAACAAAUUCCUCCUUAGAAACAAGGAACGUGCCACAGCGGGCAGCAACAUUGCUAUCUGCAGGCAGGCACAGACCAAGCUGGAGGUUUGUCUCUACAUGUUCCUGUGGAGUCCAGACAUGGAGGCGGUUUUGGUGGCCAUGUCUUGUUUCCGUUACCUGUGUGAGGAGGCGGAGAUCCGCUGUAACGCAGAAGACAUCCCUGUUCAGUCACUCCUGGCCAAUUACAACACCUUCAUGGAGUUUGCGUCUAUCAGUAACAUGAUGAUCACAGGCCGUUCGGCUCUGCAAAAAAGAGUGAUGGCUUUGCUUCGGAGGAUUGAACUGCCCACUCCAGGAAACACAGAGGCAUGGGAGGACACACAUGCUAAGUGGGAGCAUGCAACCAAAUUAAUUUUAAGCCAUCCGAAAACCAAACUGGAAGACAGUCAGGAAUGGGUCAACAUGACGGGUUUCUUGUGUGCGCUGGGCGGUGUGUGCUUGCAGAGGAACAUGUCCGUUCUCUGCACCUACAGUCCUCCUAUGGGCACCUUGAACGAUCGCAAGGGCUCCAUGGUGUCCAUGGCCUCGUGCGAGGGGAACCCGGAGACGCCCCUGAGCAGGUUUCUGGACCGGCUGCUGUCGCUGAUGGUGUGCAGUCACGAGAAAGGCCAUCAGAUCCGCACUAACAUUAAAGACCUGGUGGGGCUGGAGCUCAGUCCGGCUCUGUACCCGAUGCUCUUUAACAAACUCAAAAACAGCAUUGGCAGAUUCUUCGAUGCACAGGGACCGGUGCCAAUUAAUGAGACUAACACACAGUUCGUGGAGCAGACCAUCACAAUCAUGAAGAACCUUCUAGAUAACCACACAGAAGGCAGUGCAGAGCACCUGGGCCAAGUCAGCAUCGAGACCAUGAUGCUCAACCUGGUCAGGUAUGUGCGGAUCCUGGGGAACAUGGUCCUCGCCAUUCAGAUUAAAACCAAAUUGUGCCAGCUGGUGGAAGUCAUGAUGAAACGUAGAGAUGACCUGUCUUUCUGCCAGGAGAUGAAGUUCAGGAAUAAGAUGGUGGAGUAUUUGACAGACUGGGUGAUGGGAACGUCUAACCAAGCGGCUGAUGAUGACGUCAAGUGUCUCACCAGGGAUCUGGACCAGGCCAGCAUGGAGGCGGUGGUGUCUCUGUUGGCCGGACUCCCCCUGCAGCCAGAGGAGGGUGAUGGUGUGGAGCUGAUGGAGGCCAAAUCUCAGCUGUUUCUCAAGUACUUCACUCUGUUCAUGAACCUGCUGAACGACUGCAGUGAAGUGGAGGACGAGGGUCAGCAGGUGACCGGGCGAAAGCGAGGGAUGUCUAGACGUCUGGCAUCAUUACGACACUGUACCGUUCUGGCCAUGUCCAACCUUCUCAAUGCCAAUGUGGACAGCGGCCUAAUGCAUUCCAUCGGGCUGGGGUAUCAUAAGGACCUGCAGACCCGAGCUACUUUUAUGGAGGUCCUCACCAAGAUCUUACAGCAGGGGACUGAGUUUGACACGCUGGCUGAAACCGCAUUGGCCGAUCGUUUUGAGAGGCUUGUCGAACUGGUCACAAUGAUGGGGGAUCAGGGAGAGUUACCCAUCGCCAUGGCACUGGCCAAUGUGGUGCCCUGUUCCCAGUGGGAUGAGCUGGCUCGUGUCCUGGUGAGUCUCUUUGAUUCGAGACAUCUGUUAUAUCAGCUCCUGUGGAACAUGUUCUCCAAAGAGGUGGAGUUGGCAGAUUCCAUGCAGACUUUAUUCCGGGGAAACAGCCUGGCCAGUAAAAUCAUGACUUUCUGUUUCAAGGUGUAUGGUGCUACAUAUCUCCAGAAGUUAUUGGAGCCUUUGCUCAGGGGCGUCAUCACGGGAUCCGAAUGGCAGAUGAUAAGCUUUGAGGUGGAUCCUACGAGGCUGGAAACCGGUGAGAACCUGGAGGAGAACCAGCGCAAUCUCCUACGGAUGGCAGAUCGCUUCUUUCAAGCCAUAAUCGGUUCGUCCGGCGAGUUUCCUCCUCAACUUCGCAGCGUCUGCCAUUGUCUCUUUCAGGCCACUUGUCAUUCUCUCCUGUCUAAAGCGUCUGUCAAAGACAGAAAGGAAGUGAGAAAAGCAGUGGUGAGUCAGCGUUUUCCUCAGAACAGUAUUGGAGCCGUAGGUAGCGCCAUGUUCUUGCGGUUCGUCAACCCAGCGAUUGUCUCUCCGUACGAAGCUGGGAUUCUCGACAAGAAGCCUUCGCCCAGGAUAGAGAGAGGUCUUAAACUUGUGUCAAAGAUUCUGCAAAGUAUCGCCAACCAUGUCUUAUUCACGAAAGAGGAGCACAUGAGGCCUUUUAAUGACUUUGUGAAGAGUAAUUCUGAUGCGGCUCGAAGGUUUUUCCUGGACAUUGCUUCUGACUGCCCAGCGAGUGACUCGCUCAACCACAGUUUAUCUUUUAUAAGUGAUGGCAAUGUGUUGGCCCUACACAGGCUACUGUGGAUCAACCAAGAGAAAAUCGGCCAGUAUUUGUCCAGUAACAGGGAUCAUAAAGCUGUUGGGCGAAGGCCUUUUGAUAAGAUGGCCACCCUGCUGGCUUACCUGGGUCCUCCUGAACACAAACCUGUUGCAGACACUCACUGGUCCAGCCUAAAUCUCACAAGCUCCAAAUUCGAGGAGUUUAUGACCAGACACCAGGUGCACGAGAAAGACGAGUUCAAAGCACUGAAGACUCUCAAUAUCUUUUAUCAGGCUGGAACAUCAAAAAAUGGAAACCCAGUGUUUUAUUAUGUCACACGCAGGUUCAAGACAGGCCAGAUAAAUGGAGAUUUACUCAUAUACCACGUCCUUCUCACCCUCAAACCGUACUACGCCAAACCGUACGAGCUAGUGGUGGACUUGACACAUGCCGGCCCCAGCAACCGCUUCAAGACGGACUUCCUCUCCAAAUGGUUUGUCGUCUUCCCAGGAUUCGCUUACGAGAAUGUGGCCGCCAUCUAUAUCUAUAACUGUAACACCUGGGUACGGGAAUACACCAAAUACCACGAGAGACUGCUGACAGGGCUCAAAGGCAGUAAAAAGUUACUGUUCAUUGACUCGCCUGCAAGGUUGGCCGAGUUCGUGGAACCAGAGCAACAGAAGCUUCCGGCUACCACUCUUGCAUUGGAGGAAGACCUGAAGGUUUUUCACAAUGCCCUGAAACUCGCUCACAAAGACACUAAAGUGUCUAUAAAGGUGGGUAGUAGUGCAGUGCAGGUGACGUCAGCCGAGCGUACAAGAGUCUUGGGUCAAUCCGUUUUCCUUAACGACAUCUAUUACGCCUCUGAGAUUGAAGAGAUCUGUCUGGUAGAUGAAAGCCAGUUCACGCUGACCAUCGCUAACCAAGGCCCGCCGUUGCCCUUCAUACACCAGGAGUGCGAAAGCAUUGUUCAUUCAAUCAUUCACAUCCGCACACGUUGGGAGCUCUCGCAACCCGACUCCAUACCACAGCAUACCAAGAUCAGGCCUAAAGAUGUUCCCGGCACCCUCCUCAACAUCGCUCUGCUCAACUUGGGCAGCUCUGACCCCAGUUUAAGGUCUGCUGCGUACAACCUCCUGUGUGCCUUAACUUGCACCUUUAACUUGAAGAUUGAAGGCCAACUUCUGGAAACCUCCGGACUUUGCAUCCCUGCCAAUAACACUCUCUUCAUCGUGUCUAUCAGCAAGACUCUCGCAGCCAAUGAGCCUCACCUGACCCUGGAGUUCUUGGAGGAAUGUAUCUCUGGCUUCAGCAAAUCCAGUAUUGAACUGAAACAUCUGUGUUUGGAGUAUAUGACUCCCUGGCUGUUAAACUUGGUGCGAUUCUGCAAGCACAGCGACGAUGCCAAACGCCAACGGGUCACUGCCAUUCUGGACAAACUCAUUACCAUGACGAUAAACGAAAAGCAGAUGUAUCCAUCAAUCCAAGCCAAGAUCUGGGGCAGCUUGGGACAGAUAACAGAUCUACUUGAUGUCGUUCUGGACAGUUUUAUAAAAACCAGCGCGACCGGAGGUCUCGGAUCCAUUAAAGCUGAAGUGAUGGCGGACACUGCGGUGGCUUUGGCCUCUGGCAAUGUCAAGCUGGUGUCUAGCAAGGUGAUCAUUCGUAUGUGUAAAAUCAUAGAUAAGACCUGUCUGUCUCCAACACCCACGCUGGAACAGCACUUGAUGUGGGACGAUAUCGCCAUCUUAGCCAGGUACAUGCUCAUGUUAUCCUUUAACAACUCUCUGGACGUGGCCGCCCAUCUGCCCUACCUCUUCCACGUUGUGACCCUACUGGUGGCCACGGGGCCUUUGUCGCUUCGGGCGUCCACGCAUGGCCUGGUCAUCAACAUCAUCCACUCGCUCUGCACUUGCUCCCAGUUGUGCUUCAGCGAGGAGACCAAGGAGGUUCUGCGUUUAAGCCUGACGGAGUUCUCCCUGCCAAAGUUUUACCUGCUGUUCGGCAUCAGCAAGGUCAAAUCGGCUGCAGUCAUCGCCUUUCGUUCCAGCUACAGAGAUCGCUCCUUCUCUCCAGGCUCAUACGAGAGAGAGACUUUUGCUUUGUCAUCCCUGGAGACGGUGACUGAAGCACUGCUAGAGAUCAUGGAGGCAUGUAUGAGGGACAUCCCCGGUUGUAAAUGGCUGGACCAGUGGACCGAUCUGGCACAAAAGUUUGCAUUUCAAUACAAUCCGUCCCUGCAGCCGCGGGCUCUUGUGGUGUUCGGCUGCAUCAGUAAACGUGUGACGCACGCCCAGAUCAAACAAAUCAUACGGAUUCUGAGCAAGGCCAGCCCUCUCCUCAGCAUCGAUCGGGGUUUAGAGAGCUGUCUGAAGGGUUCUGAUAACUGUAACAGUCAGGUGCUGAUUGAAGCUACAGUCAUAGCUCUCACAAAACUACAGCCUUUGCUCAACAAGGACUCGCCGAUGCACAAAGCUCUGUUCUGGGUCGCUGUGGCCGUACUGCAGUUGGAUGAGGUGAAUCUGUACUCGGCCGGGACCGCUCUACUGGAACAGAACCUGCACACGCUUGACAGUCUGCGAGUGUUUAAUGACAAGAGUCCUGAGGAGGUGUUUAUGGAAAUCCGACAGCCUUUGGAAUGGCAUUGUAAACAGAUGGACCAUUUUGUGGGUCUGAACUUUACCUCAAACUUUAAUUUUGCUCUGGUUGGACACCUACUGAAAGGCUUCAGGCACCCUUCUCCAACCACAGUAGCACGCACGAUUCGUAUCCUGCACAUGCUGUUGGCCUUGGUAGGAAAACACCUGAACUGUGAUAAAUUCGAAGUGAACACGCAGAGCGUAGCGUAUCUGGCUGCUCUCCUGCCUGUGUCAGAAGAAGUACGCAGUCGUUGCAGCCUGAAACACAGGAAGUUGUUGCUCUCUGAUGUUACCAUGGAGAACGUUCCUAUGGAAACAUGCUCUGCGCAUCACGAGGACCCCAGCUACAGGACGCUGCGGGAAAGCCAGCCGUGGGCAUCUCCAAAUGUCUCAGAAAGGUACCUGGUGGCGCAGUACCCUAUAGCGGGCCAGAUCAGUCCACGUACACGCAAAUCAAUGAGUCUCGACAUGGGACAGCCCUCCCAGGUCAACACCAAGAAGUUACUGGGCACCAGAAAAAGCUUUGACCAUCUGAUAUCAGACAGCAAAGCACCAAAAAGGCCUGAGAUGGAAUCGGGAAUCACAACGCCACCCAAAAUGAGAAGAGUGGCUGAAAACGAAUAUGAAAUUGAAACUCAAAGAAUCUCCCAACAUCACCAUCUGCGUAGAGUCUCUGUGUCUGAGUCUAACGUUCUUCUUAAUGAAGAGGUUCUCACAGAUCCCAAAAUCCAGGCACUCCUACUGACCGUACUGGCAACUCAGGUGAAAAAUACAUCUGAUGAAUUUGAGCAGCGGAUCCUGUACGAGUUUCUAGCUGAAGCCACUGUUGUAUUUCCGAAGGUCUUUCCUGUUGUUCACAACCUCCUGGAUUCAAAGAUUAACACUUUGCUGUCACUGUGCCAGGACCCAAAUCUUCUAGACCCAGUCCAUGGAAUUGUGCAAAGUGUAGUUUAUCAUGAAGAGUCUCCACCUCAAUAUCAAGCAUCCUACCUGCAAACUUUUGGGUUUAAUGGACUCUGGAGAUUUGCCGGUCCCUUCUCUAAGCAGACUCAGUUCCCAGACUACGCAGAGUUAAUUGUAAAGUUUCUAGAUGCGCUGAUCGACACCUAUCUCCCUGGCAUCGAUGAAGAAACUAGUGAGGAGGGUCUCAGGACACCCACCUCUCCGUACCCUCCACCCGCCCAGAGCCAACUCAGCAUCACUGCCAACCUCAACCUUUCCAAUUCAAUGACCUCACUGGCCACAUCUCAGCAUGGACCAGGAACCAAUAAAGAGAAGGUGGACUUGUCGCCGACCACAGGUCUGUCUGCAAGUGGGCGAACGCGUCACGGCUCAGCCAGCCAGGUCCAGAAACAACGCAGCACAGGCAGCUUUAAAAGACCCAGCAUUAAAAAGAUCGUAUGAGAAAGCAGCUCGGCAGGGUUUAGCCCCCUGCUGGACAACUAAGAGACAUUUUAAUGCUGUUUUUCUUCACUACAUAUAACACAGCAUUUAAGGCCAUCUUUAGGUUCUCCUUAAAUGAUUCAACGUGUUUUACAGGUUAAAAUAAACUGAAGGUUUUUAAACCAGUGACUGUUUGAUACCUGACUGGAGAAAGUCCGAAUUUUUUUGUUUGUGCGUAAUUUAAUUAUUAUUAUUUUUUCAAUCACAGUAUAUUAUGUUUUAAAGCACUAAUUUCCUUCGUACCACGUAAAAGUAUUAAUCAAGUGCCAUUUCUUUUAUAUUUAGUUCCUUAUGUUUCGCUAUUUGUGAAGCAUUUACGUUAGUUUCUUUAAAGGGCAGAAAGUGAGGUUUGGAAAUGGAUUGCUGGUGGAGAGUCCGACCGAAUAAAAAUCACCCUGUGGGCACAAUGGGGCAAUAUAUUUAUCGAGAUGUUAGAAACACUACGUCCUACUGACUAAACAUCCGAGUGGUGGGAAGUUCUUGGGUUAGGAGAUGAAAUGUGACAUGUUUGAUGAUUAUUGGGCAGUUUCCUGGACAGGCCUUAGUUAUAUUAGGACAUUAAAGUAGUUUUUACAACAACAACAACAACAACAAAAAACCAAUACUGGUGUGCAUCUUGAGACAAAACGAUGGGAGAAAAAAUAUCCAAAAUCGGCAAAACAGUAAAAAUCUAAUGUUUAACUAUAGGGGAGCUGGAAAAUGAGCAUAUUUUCAAAAAAGUGGAGUGUCCCUUUAAGAUAUGUCAGUGCAAGGUGUUUUUAAAUUAAAGCAGCUUAAACAUGCAUUUUUGUCUGGGCCUAGGAUAAGUCCUGUCCGGGAAACCACCCCUUUGUGUGGAAAACAGUCCAAAAAUAGUAGAAAGAUCUAAUGCUGGGUUUUUACAAACAGGGUUUGGAUGGUCUCAUUAGGUUUUUAUUUGGUUUGACUCUCAUUUGGUCAAUCACAGCAUCCUUCACCACAAAGCAUUGCAGCAAUUGUUUUUGCAUUAAAGGUGCACUGUGUAGAUUUUAGCCGCAUCUAGUGGUAAGGUUGCGAAUUGCAACCAACGGCUGAGUCCACUGCUCACCCCUCCCUUUCAAAGCACAUAGAGAAGUUACAAAAGCCGCUACAGGACAACCAUGUCGUCUGUGACAACAUAGUGACGAAACGUGCUCUGUAGAACAGUUUGUCCAUUUAGUGAUACUGUAGAAACAGCGGCGACUUCCAUGUAAGGGGACCCGUGAUGUAUGUAGACGAUUCAUUGAUUAUGUUAGGUCUUCAUACGCCACUAAAAACAUAGUUAUGUAAUAUUAUAUUGCAUAGUAGAUCCUCCUUAAAGUUACACAUUGCACCUUUAAAUCUUAAUUUUUGCUGUACUCAUGACAAUUAUUGGUAACACUAAAAAUGCCAAUCUAUCCAUGAUAGAAUGUCUAUCCAUAACACUUUUUGUAUUGUUUCUUAUACUUUACAGAAACACCAAUUUAAUUUGUAAAUAUUUCUGAUUGGCCCCAUCCAUCUGAAAUGUCUACCGGUACUGUUGUUAUUUUUAUUGUUUUAUUUUGAUAUGUAAGGAUCUGUCACUUUUAGAUUAGAGGGCAAGCAACUGAGGAUCAAAUGUAUUUUGCCAUUAGUUCUGCAAAUAAUAAAACAAUCAGCUCAAAUGCAAUCAGAUAUAGAGGAUUGAUUGUGUUUAAAUAUAAUGUAUUUUGUUUGCCCGGUGAUGCGAGAAAUAGUUUUGGCAAGAAUACUUGUCAAAGUUUUUUUUGUUGUUGUUGUUUUUGACCAUUUUCUUUUAUUUGACUAAUCUACCAUAAUAUUAUUAUGCCUCUGGACUAUGGUACCCAAGUUCGAUGCUUAUAGCAGAUUCCUUCAUGUAAAUGUUGUGGCCUAUUUACAGAUGUGUUUUUUUUCUCACACACGAAACUCAAGCUUAACAUCUUUUCUUGCCUUAUAUACAGAGGUGUUAUUUUGAAAAAAAGGGUUAUGGCAGAGGUUUUCACAAGAGUGUUUGUUUUGGCACUUGAGGUUAUGCAAUUUUUUCAUAAUUGUUCACUUUUGUUUUCUUUUUGUUUAUGCUGACAGCUUCACCUCUGUAAAUAUUUUUGUGUAAAAAUAGAAAGAAAAGUAUAUUUACUACACUGUAAAUACAAGUGACGAUGACAUUGUAUUAUUUUGCUUUUUGUAAAACCGUUAAUUGCUGGAUAUGUACAACUUAAAAUAUGAAUUAUUGUCAAUCCAUCAUGUUCACUACAAUAUGUUGAUUAACAUGGAGGAAAUCUUGGGGGAUACACUAAAGAUCUAAAAUCUGUGCCCUCAUGAGCCUCUUUAUAUACAUUAUUGUUAUCAUCUGGUUUCAUAUAAUACGGAUGUAACACUAAUAAAAAAACAUUUCUGUCCAAA